AUGGCCUCGGCGCCGGCCUCCACCAAGAAGUACAAACUCGUACUGCUUGGUGACAGCGGUGUAGGUAAGUCAUCGCUGGUGCAGCGACUCGCAAAGGAUGAAUGGAACGAAAACCAAAACUCCACCGUUGGGGCCUCCUUCUUCCGCUACGCCUGCCCCGUAGAUGACACCGCCGUGCACUUCGACAUUUGGGACACCGCCGGGCAGGAAAGAUAUAAAAGUCUCGCCUCGAUGUAUUACCGCGGGGCCGCCGCCGCACUGGUGGUCUACGAGAUUCCAUCCUACGAGAGCUUCGAGCGGGCAAAGUAUUGGGUGCAGGAACUCGCGGCAAACUCACCGGAAACUAUCGUGACGCUUGUGGGGAAUAAAAGCGACUUGGCGGCCACACACCGCGAGGUCUCGAGCGAUGAGGCCGCCGAAUACGCCGCCGCACAUAAUUUGAUGUUCGCAGAGGCGAGUGCGAAGGAUGGAACGGGCGUGCAGGCGGCGUUUGUGGCCGUUGGGCGGCGACUGCGGGCGACGAAUUCUCAAAAUGCGGUGCGGGAAGGCGGAGUGGUGGGGCGGCAGCCGAACACACAACCGCGUGAGAGCAGCGGCGGAUGCUGCAAGUGA